CGCAACAGGUCCGACCACCGCGUCAGCGAGAAGACGACCGGAGGAAAGUUCGCGACCGCAUUCACGGAAAAGUAAAAGAUGUUGCGUGUGCUCAGCCGACAGGCCCGGAAGAAGCCCGGACUCAUUCCACUCUUCUUCUUCAUCAGCGUGGGGAUGGGGGGAGCAGGCCUGUACCUCCUGCGCCUGGCACUGCGCCACCCUGAGUGCAGCUGGGACAGGAAGAACAACCCGGAGCCGUGGACCAAGCUGAGUCCGUCUCACCAGUACAAGUUCGUCGCCAUCAACACGGACUACAAGAAACUGAAGAAGGAGGGCCCCGACUUCUGAUUUGGUGGGGCUCAUGUCUCGAUGCCAAUAAACACGAGUGCCCAACCUCA